UUGUUUCAUAUUUAUAUUUAAACGAAUUUAUAAAGUCAGUGAAUAGAAUAAGAAUAAUAAAUACUCAGUGCGAUGGAGUCGAUAAACCAGUGUCACUGCUGCCUGCAGCGGCCUCCGGCGAAAGAUUUGAGGACGCCGUACACUCAUCUCGGCAUAACGGAGAUAUACUCGCUCAUGAUCGAAGAAUGUUUUGAAAUUAAACUAAGAUCAUGUGAUAAAGGCAAGGGUGGUAUCUGCACGGUGUGUGUGUGCCGUCUGCGGGAAGCGUGCGUCUUCAAGAUGCAAGUGCAGAGUUGUCAGGACGAGUUGCAGGAGAGGCUAGAUCGGGAGGAAAAACUGACUGUCAAAGAUGAGAAAGCCAUAGACAACAUAGAUGAACUUUCUGACGAUGGCGCGCUCAGUGAGCCUUUAGAAUAUCCUUUAUCUUCAGACGAGGAGCUCCCGGGUCCGCCGUGUAAAGAAGACUCACGGGACAAACAUUUACUUUCAGAUGUAGAAACAGAACCCUAUGAUGACGUGAGAGAUGAGCAGCUUGUCGAAGCAUCAUUGUCUUUGCCCGGGGAUUAUAAAGUAAACACGGCGCCUCUGUCCCCGCGCGCUGUGCAGAAGCUGUCGCUAGGGUGCUUUGUGAAACUGGAGCGUCUCCGCGACUCACCACGGGCGAGCCUGCUGUGCCCCGUGACGUCACACCGCGAGCCUAGUCCCGUGACGUCACACCGCGAGCCUAGUCCCGUGACGUCACACCGCGAGAGCCAGCCGUGCCCCGUGACGUCAGACCGCGAGAGCCAGCCGUGCCCCGUGACGUCACACCGCGAGAGCCAGCCGUGCCCCGUGACGUCAGACCGCGAGAGCCAGCCGUGCCCCGUGACGUCACACCGCGAGAGCCAGCCGUGCCCCGUGACGUCACACCGCGAGCCAAGCCCCGUGACUUCACACUUCUGGAGGCCUAUCACCAGUGAGCAGCUCAAGCCCACUCACACACACAUACAAGCCUACACACACGACCCUGCACACAUCGCAGACGACUCUAGUUUAAUAACAAAUGAUCAUAAGGAUGUCGAUGUGAAGGAUGAACUUGAUGGGCCGUGUGUUAAAUCAUCUUUUGAACGGGAGUCUGACGACGACGGAAUGGAAAUGGAAGAUGAUCAGGUGUUUGAUGUGUGGUCCGAGAUCCCGCCAUCGUCGUCUGUCGCCCACGGGACUCUGCCCUCAGCUAGCUCUUCACCCGUGACGUCACACGACCGAGCUCCAUCUGCCAUGCUGCCUGACGCCACACAACGCAGGCACACACACCACAACACUCGCUCCACGCUCCCUGACGCCACACAACGCAGGCACACACAUCACAACACUCGCUCCACGCUCCCUGACGCCACACAACACACUCACGCAGAUAACCAGCGCACACACACUGACGUAAUCUAUCCAUGCAACAUCUGUCCCCGAAACUUCUCGAACAAAACUCUCCUCAAACGGCAUGAAGCAACUCACAAGCAACAAACAUACAUUUGCGAUACCUGUAAUAUGAAGUUCACUGAUAAAUCAAUUUUGACUAAACACAUUUUUAGCAAACAUAUGAAGAUAUGUCACGUAUGCAAAGUUUGCAACAAAACGUUUAAACAAAUGUGGCAAUUGAGGAUCCAUGAAAGAGUACACACUGGUGAGAAACCAUAUUCAUGCAAAGUAUGUGAUAAGAAAUUCGCAAAUGUUAAAUAUUUAAAAUUACACGAAACUGUUCACACUGGUGUGAAACGGUACGAGUGCGAGGAAUGUAAAAAACGAUUCAGAGAUAAUAGUACCUUUAGGAGACACAAAAAAACACACACAGGAGAUAAACGACAUGGCUGUGAUAUAUGCGGCAAACGUUUUAUACAAAAGUUUACGUUACUUGAACACAAAAGAUCUCACACGGGUGAGAAAUUAUUUCAGUGCAAUGAAUGUGGUCAUUUAUUUGGAUACUUAGUGAGUUUAAGAAAACACAAAAAAAUUCACGCUCGAGGCAAUAAAUACAGUUGCGACGUUUGUGACGAGAAAUUUUUACUAAUAACUCUUUUAGCUAGACAUAAAAAGACACACAUCGGAGAAAAACCUUAUCGCUGUGAAGAAUGUAACCGGGGGUUUGACAGCAAAUAUAACUUAGAAUUCCACAAAAUAAUGCACACUGGAGAUGAGUCAUAUGUUUGUGAACAGUGUGGUAAGAAAUUUAAACGGAAAGGUAAUUUGGAUCAACAUAAAAAAAAUCACGCGGAAAAAACUCACUGCUGUAAUUUAUGUAGUAAGAAAUUCACACACAAACAUCAGUUGCUUGCUCAUGAAAACACGCACACUAAAGAACAAUAAUAUCGAUAUGUAUUUGUGAAAAUGUAAUACGCAGAUAAACAUACUUAAUUAAAAAUGUACAGUGAAUACAACCACAGUGAAAA